UGAUGAUGGCAUUGUGGAAUAGCCUUGUUAUACAAGGCACUCGACCAAAUUCCCAGCUGGUGUAGCUCGUCCUCGCUGAGCUUUUCUAUCUCUGACCACGACCUGCACGACUGAGGCAGCUUGUGCAAGGUCUUUGCAAUUUACUAUCCAGCCAGAUCACAUAACACAAAGAUGGGUUCUGCAAACGCACAGCGCAAGGGCGUUUGGGAGCCCCUGCCCCUCAUCGUCUACGGCUAUGCCGUCCACCCGUUAUCACCAUCCAAACGCGACACCCGCCUAUCAAGUCGCCGGCCUAUGUCGACUAUCACAGAGGGUUCUACAGACGACAAUGGUGUCCACAGGGAUGUCGUCUCCCUCGAAGUUGGCGACGAGGUCUAUGCCUUUGAAAAGUAUACCCCAAGAGGAAACCAAGCGGAUGGCAUAUGGUACAGAGGCUACGUAGUUUGCACUGCCCGCCUUCCACCAGUCACCUGGUCUACCUCCUCAGACCCCACUUCAUCUUCAUCUGCCAAACCAGUCAAGACCGAGGAACCGCAACAGGUUUUCAUCGGCAUAUUUCCUGCUUCCCAUAUCUUUGUCCGUGAUGAACUCUCAGAUGCCGAGGGACGCCUGCCAGACCUUGUUACCUCCCUUACAGCCAACUCCUCGAAUCAUAACGGUUCUGUAACGAGUGCAGACUACCUCGCGCAAUGGAAGCGCGAGCGCGCAAACUCAGGCCCAGAACCCCCUCGCGAGCACAGAGAAAGAGACAGGGAAGUCAGAGAGCUGACAUACGAUGACGAACGGAAAUCAUUCAAACUCGGACCCCCGCCCGACCAAGCCAAGUCUACUCGAGCUGCGCUUGUCGUAUAUCCCGCGAGCAUACACUCCGUGCCAGAAUCCGAGAAUUUGAAGCCUCUUCCUCCACGUCCGUCCCUAAAGUCAGGUGAUGAUACAGCUUCCGGCACGUCACAGCCUAUCAUCGACGAGAUUGCCAGUGCCCUUCGAGAAUGGCAUAGCAUGAUGUUCCAGUAUCUCGCAAGACGCGAUUACAAGCUCUUCCAUACAGUUCGCGAGCAUAUCGAAGCGCUCCAUCUCGGACGAAGGCAGUUGCUUGCGCAGACAUUGAGCGCAGAAGAGACGGUGAGCGGCAAUGUGGUACAGGAUCUUGAUAUCAUCGUUCGUCAUCCGACAUGGGGUGCACUAGUAACAGUGGACGUAGAGGGCGAGAUCGACCCUCGCAGCUGGGUUAGCGCUGUGCGGAUGUAUGCCAUGCAAUCUUCCCUCGCAUAUAUGAAUGUGCCUGUAGACAACUCAUCGAAGCUCACCAUUGGACCUACCGAAUUCUCCACCAUACCCAUACCCACUCCUGCACAUUCCGCAUUCCCUGAUAUAUCCCGGAACAAAACCAAUUCACGACAAGCCGGUUCCCUCGGUCCCUACCAGCCCGAGAAGCCAACUGCAGCUAAAUUCUACCACAUUUUCCUCGACCUACGCGCUUUUGUCGCAACUCCUUGUGCACCCGGCGAGACAGCUGAGCUCUUCUUUUCGGUUUACAAGCACUCCGAAUUUCCCCGGUUCGUCACCGAAGAUUGCUGCAUCGUACUUAAUCACAACGGGGUGCUCUCUCGUGAUCCCAAUGCCCGCAUACGCACACUCUUCAAUGACAUUGCACAGUCAGAUGCGCAGGACCCGUUAUUCCUGGUGUGUCGUAUCGUGCGGAACGGCGCGCUCAAGAUGAAUAACACGAUGGGGUCAGGUGCUCCCGGUGAAAGCGGGCGUAGGCCAUCUGAAACGUCGCUUUCCGAUGUCCCAUUGACACCCUCCCGCGCGAAUGUUGUAUCGGAUUUCCCGACGAACUUCCGCCGGCCGUUCGGCUGCGCUGUUCUCGAGCUGACACAGCUUACGAAGAUGAUGAUCGAUGGUACAGAUGUGAGCCCGAUGAAGGAGCACUCCAUGCCAAUUUUUGUGCCUACCAAUGAAGCGAUAUUCUCGAUGUUACAUCAGGAUAUCAUCGCCAAUAAUACGAAGGAGUUCGAGAAAUCGCCAAGGGCUGAGAUGCUUGCUGUUUCUGUGAAGAUAUUCCAUGGCGACUCAUCCACCGUAAUCAGAGAGAACAUGUCUCUUCUGCAAGACAUCCCGUUGACCCUCCGACUUGGAUUCCCCGACGUAGUGUUUCCUGGAGAUGUGCGCAACGAGCUCUACAUCAAAUUAUGGACUGGGGAAUUCCCAUCAUCCCACGGUAGCUCCGCCCGACUCAGCAUGGUCAACUUCACGCGUCCUGGCCCAGUAUCUCAGAAUGCACAAGUGUCGAUUGAAGUCCGAGAUCAAGAAGGUCGUACCAUCGAGAAUGCCAUCUCCCUGGGCAGCGGCGAGCCCAAUGUUACCCAGUUUCAUUCAAUGGUCUUCAUGCGGAACAAUCAGCCCACUUUCGGCGAGCUCAUCAAACUCCAGCUUCCGCUUCGGGGCGUUCCGAACUGGCAUCUGUUCUUUACGUUCCGAAAUCGCUCUGGACGAGGGCUUAACGCAGAUAAGCCGUUUGCGUUUGCUUUUCAGCCAUUGUUCCCUGGUCAAGGCGCGUUUUUAGAGGAUGGGAGUCAUACUUUAGUACUGUACCGCGCAGAUAAGCUGUCGCAAAUUACGCCGGACAUGUACCUGACAUCGUCGCCGUGGGUGCUUCCAGGACAGCGGCCUGAGCAGGUUGCAGUGGACACUGUCAUCAUACGGUCAUCACUCUGUUCCACCAAGUUUACGCAGAAUCCUGUGCUCAUGAGCCUGCUUAACUGGGAGGAGAUCAAUGACAAGGAGCUGCUGCAGACCGUCCUCAGCAAGUUUACCUUCGUGGGUGAAGGAGAAAUCGUCAAAUUUCUCAGGGACAUCUUCGAUUCGCUCUUCGGCAUCUUGGAGUCGCAGAACAACCAAACCGGUGAGAUGGACCACCUCGUCUUCAAUGCACUCGUUACUGUCCUGGGCAUCGUGCAAGAUCGGCGAUUCAGCAAUUUCCAGCCCGUCUUGGAUGUCUACAUCGAGCAGCAUUUCAACUGUGCUGCAGCUUCUUCACACAUGAUCCGCUCGAUGGACCGUCUGCUCCGGAAUCCGACCGGUAAUGACACGGCCUCGCCUUUACGUGCAGCGCUCAAAGUCUGGCACUAUAUCUUCAAGUUUAUUACGCGUGCGCGAGAACUUCAGAAGAGCACUGAGCUGGGCAUGGGUGAUGGAGCGACUGCCGAGCACUUGGAAACGACGUUCAAGAAGGAAAUUCGUUCUCAUCUUACUGAAGUUAACAAGAUGAUGGCGACUACGUCACCAGCGUCUAUCAUUGGCACGCAAACCAUCGCAUUGCAGCACUUUACGACCAUCCUUCCAGAACUUGCCAAGAUCAUUCCCACUAUCGAGUUAGUGACAGUCGCCACGAACUUCGUCAACGCUAUCUCGACUGGCAAGGGCAAGAUCAUCAUAUGGCGGCUGAUCAUGUACUUGCAGAUCGUCAAGGGUUUCUUGUUCGACACCUCCCAUUCGCGGUCACUGCUCGUUCAAGCGGUCGUUAUCUGGAUCAAGCCUCACUUUGGCCGCUAUGAUGAGUUCACGCAGACCACUGUAUCGGAUUCCGAGAGCGUGCGUGACGCAGCAAGAGUUAGCUGGCUGGAGUCUAUACGGCUUUGUGUGACGAUUAUCGCGAUGAUGCUGGACAAGCUGCAGCUUGCAGUUGAUCGCAACUUGUUCAGGCAGGAGCAGGAGAACAUCGAGUACAUACUCAUGCUCAUGCCAAGGCUUCUUGAUUCCUAUCGCGAGUUCCAGAACCCCGCUAACCAUCGUGCUGUGGAACGAACGCGCACUCCAACCACGACGACUGCCGCGGUACCCGUCACUUUCCCGGAGUCUUAUCCGUUUUCCCUCAUGGCUUUAUUGCCCAAUGCUCCGCGGAAUGCUACGAGCACAUCGCUUACACACGAAGAUAACUUGGUCUUUAACCCUGGCUUGGGUGAGACAGCGAUCGUCCUCCUUUCCCUUGUGCUCUCUGCUCCGACGAAGCACAUUUACAACUUUUUGGAAUCCAGCUACGACAUUGAAGGGAAGGAGAACUUCGCCGUUCUCCUGACGCAGUUUUUCAAGGUUGCAACGUCGAUACUAGAGAAUGAUGCCUUCCUGAGCGACUGGCUGAAUGUGAACAUCCUGACGCACAAGGUGUUGAUCAAGAUGAUGGAUCCUGUUGCCACGCUUUUGAAACGGAUUUUCAUACCCCCACCGUCGGCGUCGCAUCAGUUCAAGGCGGAGCUGUGGAAGGACGCAUUCUUCAUGUUGCUGAAGCUUUUAUCGUCCGAGCAGCUUGUUAUUGAAGAUUUCAGUCCUCAGAAACGGCGUGCCGUAUGGCGUCUGGGCGGUGAUAUUCGAGGCGAAGGCGCGGAUAUACUUCUGCGGCUAUGGGAGGCCCUUGCGUGGCCGGAACCGACAGAAUCCAGCUCUGUCUCCCAAGGAGGCUACCAAGCGGUGCUGAGCCCAUUGAUCGGAUAUAUCGUGAACCUCUGUCUCAGUCACCAUGACCAGCUACGAAACAACGCGGUCGGAAUCCUUUUCGGAAUGAUCAUUUCUGAAUAUCAACAAUAUAGCCACUUUGACCAGAUCGAGACGGAACUGGGCGAUGACAUCUCUCGCGUGUUUUUCAUUGCACAACUGCGGCACUUAUUUGAGUCGUCUGAGGUUGACGAUCAGCUUAGGGAGCGUCUUCUCCUCAACGUUCGCAGACUCCCUGAAGGCGAAGAGUUUGCUGAUGAUCGUGUGAUUGCCACACUGCGCCUGAUGAACUUCAUCCGCGAUAUUGGUAGGGAAGAGAUGUAUAUCAAAUAUGUGCACCAGUUGGUUAAUGCCCACCUUCAAUCGCACAAUUAUGUGGAAGCUGCAUUGACACUAAAGCUUCACUCUGAUUUGCACCAUUGGGAUCUUUACUCGUUCGUGGGGCCCAUGGAGGACCUCGGGCUGCCUCAGCAAUCUCAUUUCCAUCGGAAGGAGACCCUGUGCCUAUUAAUUUUGGAUUACUUGGGCAAAGGCAAGGCAUAUGAGAGCGCAAUCGAAAUUUGUAAAGAGCUGGCAAAGCAACACGCUGAGGUCACCUUCAACUAUGCGCGGCUUGCAGAAAUACUGCGUCAUCAGGCUGCAUUGUUUGAGCAUAUCAUCACAGACCAGCGUUACUACUCAGACUAUUUCCGAGUGGUAUUCUAUGGAGACUUCCCUGAUGCCUUGAGGAACAAGCAAUUCAUUUACCGCGGAUAUGAAUGGGAAAAGUUUGGCACUUUCUGCGAGCGGCUACUUAACAAGCACCCGGGCGCUCAGUUGCUAAAGAGUGAUCCCACAGCAGAUCAGCGAUUUGGAAACGAUCAGUAUAUCCAGUGUACUGCUGUCACUCCUGAGCCGGAUCGAUCGCUUCCCAUUUUUACCAGUCCCGAUGUCCCACUGGCCAUUCGCAAUUAUUACGAACACAGUGCCAUCAAUGUUUUCAGCUCUAGUAAGCAAAUAACGAAGUUCGACCGCGAUGGGAAUGAAGAGGUCUGGCUGGAGAAGACGUCCUUCACAACCGAACAAGCCUUCCCCACUGUUCUUCGGAGAUCAGACAUUACAGAAUGGGAAGUAGUCGAAAUAUCGCCUGUCGAAAAUGCUCUCCAUGAGGUCGAGCAAAGGACUAGGGAAAUGGCCUCAUUCCAUCUGCGGUAUGCCGCUCUUGCAAAAACUGCUCAGGUGUUUUCGACAAACGCUCUUUCUAUGAGCCUCAAUGGAGCCGUUGACCCGCCGGUGGAUGGUCUGCCCGCUUAUCGUGAAAUAUUCUUUGAUCCUGCGUACUCUGCCAAGCACCCUGAUAGGGCAGAAAUGAUAGACCGCCUCAAAGGCGCGAUAGACGACCAGGUGCGGGUGACGGACAGUUGCUUGAAAUUACACGGUCAGAUCUGUCCACAAGAGAUGUUGCGUUUCCAUCAGACCUUGGAAGAGCUCUUCAGGAAAAACUUCGCCGAGGAGAUCCAACGUAUUGCUGCAGAAAACGGAUUUGAACUUGCCCCACAAUCGUACGCAGCGUCAAUACGGAUCCACGACCAAAGUUCGUUGUAUGAGACCCACUCCCAUCAACGGUCGCGGUCGGAUUCAUCGGGUCGACCAUCCUUUGGAAUCGCCCCUCUUUCAGUUGGUGGCUCAUCCUUGAGCCCUCCACCGAUUUCACCGAUUUCACCAUUAUCAUCACGUCUCCCACCCUUUCAACAUGAAGGCGGUGCUGGCGCCAAGCGCACCCCGUUGCAGAUGCACGCGGCGCACGUUGCUCGUCACGGCAUUAACGGAGUGCUGACUGGCUGGCGAGAUACUCCCAGUGAUGCUAACACAGGCUCUCCGCGAGAUUCAUUGAUCACAGUGGGAAAUACAGGCGCAGCACAUUCUGGUGCUUCUGUGGCGAUGUCAACCAUGGGCAGCGCGAAUUCCAUCAAAGGUCGUUUGUCAUCACGAUUCGGUAGCUUUACGCGCAGUCGUCGAGGUUGAUAUCAUUGGUUAUCUCGUUUCUUGGUUCCUUACUUUUCUUGUUUUAUUCCUACAAUACAUUCAUUUAGGAUUGUCUACAUGUAAUAUUGUUUGUACUCCCCUUCGUUUCCAUUGACACUUGGUUCUUGUUGUUCACUGUUGUUAAUGAAUACAUUGAUACCCUUACACG